CUCCAUCCCCUCCCUCCUCCCCGCUCCCCGCCUCUCCCCUCCGCCCCUCUUCCCUCCUCUGCGUCUUCUUCCGACGCAGAUCUCUCUUUCUCUUUCAUUCUCCCAGACACACCAACACACAAUGUCGGAUAUGGAUAAGGCUGCCCAGGAGGUGAAGCUCACUUCGGCCAAGGUGGCCAACCAGCUGGUUCAGGUUUACUAUGAUGCCCUUCAGAACAACCGCCCGAACAUGAUGAACUUCUACGCGCCCACCGCCACCGUCACCUGGAGCGGCUUCAACUACGACUCCGUGCAGUCCUUCUUCGCGGAGUUCAUGUCCAAUCUUCCCUCCAUCUCGGUGAACCUUAGCUCGGUUGACGCCCAGGCUGUCCUUAGUCACGUCAUCGGCCCGAGCACGCCGUCGCUCAUCACCAUUCUCAUCCUUGGCACCAUUUCUUUCGGCUCGGAGCCCGCUGAGAACUUCUCCCAGACCCUGGUCAUUCAGGCCGACCCGGGUACCACGAUGUUCCGGAUUGUGCGCGACGUUUUCCGCCUGGUCUGAAGGCACAGCCAUUUGCUUGCCUGCAUAUACGUCCUCUUUCCCACCGGCUUCCUUGCCUCCCACCACCACCCCCCCUUUUCUCCGUGCAAGCGCGCCCUCCUCCUCUCUACCCCUGAAACACGCAGGGGCGGCCCGCAUAUGUGCAUGUCCUUGUCCCGGCCGGGCUUUUCCAUUCCUGUCCCCCAUCCCCCC